AAGACAGACAUAUGAUUUAACUGUCAGUUAACUUACCAAGAAGUUGGAACCGACCCAUAGCUGGAAAACGGCCCAUGAAAGCACUAUUUCGCGUUCUCGCCGCAUGAGGUCGCCAAAGUCAAUUUAUUUGUUCUUGGCUCCUAUAGACUUAAAUUCGAGUAAAACUCUAUAUAGCUGAUUAAUGAAAAGCUCAUAUAAAUUCGGCACGAUCUUUUUGAAUGAGAUAUGUCAAUACACGUUACUGUGAGUGGGAAUCCUGUAAAUAUACGCCGUGGAAGAAUGGUGUUGUCGGAUUUGGAUCAAAUUAAAAAGAACGAACGUGAUCGCCGACGAAGGUUACGUUUGGAACAGGUUCGUCAGCAAUCAAAGGAAAUAUCAAAUAGACUUUUAGAACGUGCUAAAAAGAUAGCAAGAGAGGAACUUAACAAAUUAGAAAAAGAUGCAAAGUCAGAACUUAGACAAAUGCAUGAUAAAAAGAUUAUGGAAAUACAAGAAAAGUGUCAGGAAGAUUUGGAAGACAUUGGUCAAGCUCAUGCUUGUGCUGCGUUGCAACCAGAUAUUGAUGCAAUAAGGGAGGAAGAAGGAAGAAGAGAUAGAGCUAUGGCUAUAAAAAGAGGAAAAGAUGCUGCACAACAUAUGAGAGAAAUAAAACAGAAGGAUAGUACAGAAGUAACUCAUCAGGAAAGAUUACGUAAAGUACGGGAAGAAGAAAAUAUUAGGGCUGCAACAAUAGCUAAGCUUCCAAAACCAACAACAAUACUUGAAGAUAAUAGUAAUUCAAAAAUAAAUUCCUCAACAGAAGAUUCCAAUGAAGAAGUUAUUUGUGAAAGGUUAACACCAAACAAGAAGAGUAACAAAGUUCUUCCUAAAAAAUCACCCAAGAAAACAAAAAAAUCUAGUUCAAAGGAAUAUCAAAAAACUUUAUCGCCAAAACCAGGUCCUUCAGGCUUACAAAAACAAUUUCGUAGAAUGGCUUCUAAGAAGAAAACAAUUGACACUGACCGUAUUGAACAUAUCAUUGAUAAUGCAAUUGAUGAGCACCAGCCACGAAGAACAGUGCCAGUUAUAAGCACUACACCAGCUAAAGCUGACAAAAUAACAAGGUACAAUCCAGAGGAUUAUACACAAGAUACAUCGGAUACAAGUAGCAUUAGUAGUAGUGGCUCUAGUUCAGUUAGUGACGACUCCUCAUACUUUUCUGAUGGUGCAGAACAGGUUUCUUAUAGGAAAGAUGCAAAGACGGCUGUUUUAACAGGCAGCAAAGUACGAUUAUAUGAUCACGAUACACGUCAAAGAAAUGUAUACAACACGCCUCUUGGUAUAGUUGAAAGAAUUGAUAUUGGAAAUGAGCCAAGUGCGAUAGAAGCAGCACAAGCAAUGAAAGAUGUAGAGGAUGCAAAAGCACAUACAGUCAUGUGUCGUAAAUUAACUGCUCAGCGUCGUGGUCAAGAUGCGAUUUUACGCGAGAAAGUACGGAGAGAUUAUCAAGCGCUUAUAAAGAAUCUUGAGCAUCUCACACAAGAAGAACGAAAACUAAAAGCUAGUCAAAUCCAUUCUAAUGCGGAAGAAGAUACACACGCACGAUUACAUCAGAGAACUAAAUGCCAAGAGGAACAUCGAAAGAAGAUGAAUCGUGCGGCUAGAAAUGUUCUGAGUACAGAUAACACGCUGAGUCGAUAUUCUCAUCUCGCAGAAAAGACGACCUCACCAGCUCAAAGGAAGGAUGAAAUUUGUAGUGACGUGCCUAACUCAACGUGGCAAGAACCUUACCUGGAUAAAGAGGAAAUUACAGUAUGUCAUACACAAGAUCAGGAUAGCGAAGUAUCACGCGAGGAACAAAUAUUAGAUAUGUUGAAAAAAGUCGAAAGACAAAAAAGACUACUGCUAAAAGAGUUUGGUGCAAGUUUGCCGGACAACAUAUUCAAUGCCAGUGUAAAACCGCUGUUUGGAGACAGAACACCGGCUCCAGCAACAGCGCAAGUUGCAGAUACUGCCAAGCUUUCGUCGCCUGAAAUUACAGUCAUCAACAUGUCCAAUUACAAUGAGUGUGCGAAGAAGGAUCGCAAGGUGAAGAAGAAGCCGGAGAGCUUGUCUACGAAAAAGAUCGAGAUUGCUAUACAGACAUCAUUGGACAGAAUUAGUCCAGCGGAAGACAAGAGUAUACAGGUAGAAUUACCUCAAGAAAACGUCGAUAUACCACAUUCUAGUACAUAUAAAGAUGUAGGCACUGGUCAAGCAUCUCAUCCGAUUGAACCACAAGUUACCGUCAUCACGCCAGAGACAGAUGACAGCAGUAACGAUUCAACGAGCUCUGACAUUACCGGGAUGAUCAUUGAAAUUGAUAAAAAGGAAGUAACGGUGACACCUAAAAAGAGGAAAAGUAAUUUGAAGGUAUCAAAGCGACCGUCGCCUCGAGUUUAUCAAAAGAUUCGCUCAACGUCCGUUAGUUCUAAAGCUACGUCGCCUAUGAAGAGGUUCUCGAGGUCUCAUUCGAGUUCUCGCCUAACUAGUCCUCAGAAAAGGACGAAGUGCACGGAUGCACCGGAUACAGCUAGUAGAAGAGUUGAUAUACACGUGAGCAAAUCUGAAUUUAACGACGAGACUGACCCGUCGCAAGAGACGAGAGUGUCGAUAGACGCCAGCGCGGAAAGUUCGCAGACGUUUUCAGGCGUGAAUGAUCAAGAUGGAUCCACGGGCAAGCCGUAUCGUAUUCGGACGCAAGUGAAAAAGUGGAUCCGAAUAAAAGAUACCUCAGACACUACUUCGACGUCGUUUGCAAGUCCACCGCCGGUAAAACCUCGAUCGAUGCUUGAUGCUUUGACUAACAUUACACCGAUCUUAGAGAUGUUGGAUUCCUCGAGAACCGAGGAAUUGAGAAGAUUACGACAAGACAUCAGUCCAGUCUCCACGCCGGAAACUCCUUCGCCACGUACAAUGAGAAUGCCGUCGAACAUUCCACAUCGUGAUAAGAUUAGCAGAAUGCUUAGAUAUAAUUCGAAUAAUUCUCAGAACAACAAUAGCGUAACAUUAUCAUCAACUCAAAACGAUCAGACUUUAUCAACAGAUCCAUCAGAUCCCCAGGAGGCUGCAACGUCGAAAUGUGAAUCCGCUUCUUUGCAACAACCAUCGGUAUCAUCCAAAGUUUGUAUAUGCAAGAAUCCUAAGUGCAAAUUAUUACAUAUAAAACUCGAUGACAUUCACGAUUAUGCGCUGAAGAAUUGUCCUGAGAUAUUGCAGAAAUACGAGGAUCUGCAGAAUUUAUGCGCGGAACGAAUAGCAUCCUUAACUGAUCUCAUUGAAAGAGUGCGAAGUGAACAAAAAGAUAUGGACUUUUCAUUAAUCAGUCCCAGUGAUGAGACGAGUUUGAUGCAGUUACCUACGUCCAAACCAGUGCGCAGUGAUGUGCAAGCAAUACGAAAACUGAUUGAGAGUAUAGAAGCAAUUCAUUCUCAGCUUGCAAAAACUCUCUUUGAAUCGCAAAAAAUUAUAGAAAACGGGGCAACUUCCGAUAACGAAAUCUCACGCGAUGCAGAAGUUCAAGUGACCACUUCUACUCCUAGAAGUAAAUCAAUAGAUACAAUUACAGCUCCUAUACAGAAAUCUGAAGUAGCAAAAGCUAAGCCAAAAGUUAUAAGCGAUGAAAAAGUUAAUAUACAGCUUAAUCGAUUUAAAAUACAGCAAAAACCUCAAGCAGUGCCCGCAAUAAAAACACCAGAACGUAAUUCUUGGCCCCCAUGUGCAGUUUCUCUUCAUGAAGAGGAGGUGAUAGAGAAAUUAUCGAAAGAAAUUCUAGAACAAAGUAAAAGCUUAGAUAAAGCAAGCACUGCUUUUGUUAGCUUAAAAGAAAAUGAUGAAAUUUCUAUGCAACGAAAAGGAUCGCUUUCUAAUGAUGCUAGUUUGAAAAAUAAUUUAUUAGAACACAAAAAGGACAAUAGCAUUAUAAAUCUUGUCCAAGAGGUAACAAAAGAAAACGAUUUCACUCCCAUAUUAGUAGCUAUUCCCAAAGUAGCACGUGCUCACGGAACUGUGACAUCAAUAAGUGCAAGGCCUAAACCUCCUGUUACAUUGUUAAAUGCACCACAUUGGCAAGAAUUAGAAUCAUCAGGGCAUGAAUUGUCAACGAUAGUGGAAUUCGACACGACAGAUACUGUCAAUAAAAGCAUCAAGAGCCCGACAAAAUCUAAGAAUAUGGCUGUAGAUACUGUGGAAGAUUUGCAAAACAUUUUAUUAAAAGGAACAAUAGAUGCGGAAUCUAAGUCUGCUAUUACUGUAAAACCGUCAGUGCAUGUGGCUCCUUUAUCUGUUCAACAAGAUCAAAACAUUCCCGUACAAAUAGCGGAUUCUACAACCGACAUGAAGCAUUUUGUCGAUUUAAUUUCUGCACAAAGAUCGCAAGAAGCUACAACCAUCUACGAUUCUCCGGGAAAAUCGAAAAAUGCGACUGAUUGCAUUGCGUCAAUGAAAACUGAAGCUGAGCGAGAUUGGGUAGAUUGUACGCUUGAAAACAGUAAUAAACAGUUACAAUGCAAUACAAUCACCGAAGAUCCUAUUCUUCAAGCAAAAGAUAUACUUGCACUUGGUUCUUCCAUAAGUACCGAUUUUAAUAAUCAGCAUAAAAAUAGCCAACACAGAACAACAUCCACUAGCUUGAAUAGCUUCUCUGGAUUGUCUGGCAUUUCUGAGAUAACGAGUUCUCCAUCGUCAGAACUUUUAAAGUAUGCUUCAUCCCCGGAAGAAAUGGAGACUGCUCUGAAGAAGUUGGGUUUGAGCUGGGCUGUUACGACGUUAAAGAAAACUCGAGAAGCAAGUGCUCUUAGUUCAUCAUCAAAUUCGGAUGUUACACCGAUAAAUACGGCUAGAAGAAUGAUUUCACCAACUAAGAAACAUCUGGAUCCAAGUGGCCUUCCUGACAUUAGUGAUGUGUCGUCGAUAUCGAUCAAAGAAGCCAAUAAGAGUACAGAGCAAGCUGUGCUUAUGAAAGGAAGAACUUCCACGCCUAAAUUUCAAAACUCAAAUUCUAACAGUGAAAGAUCCAGUACUACGAAUACAUCUGGAAGUCUUCAAGAGCCAAGCGAUAGUUUAACUGUACCUAACGUGUCGCUCACAAAGAUAAAAUCUGAUAAUAAGCAAUUACAAAAUCUUUGACAUAAAGUAUUUUGUACGUAUAAUUUCAUUAAUUACUUAUUAGAGAUGUAUAUGGCAUUUUGGUGGAAUUUUAUGGGGGAUUAUAAUUGCAUGUAUGAAGUAGAAUAUUUUCUAUAUGGCACUAUUUUCAAAUGUUGAUAUAUAAAUAAUUUUUAUCUUGAACAAAAAAAAGAGAUACUAUAUAAUGAAUAGUGUGCUCACAUUGUUAUUACAAGUAAAUCAAAAUAAUGGAAUAUUAUAAAUAUUAUGGAGACUUAUGAGGAUUAUUUAUAGUAUAAAUGAAUAAAUCAUGGAUUUGCUUAUUUGAUGUACGAUGAAUUAUGAUAAAAGCCAACAAAGCAGAUGACAUAAAAUUUAUACAAAACCUUAUGUGUGUGGAAAAAAGCAAGAUUCUCAAUUAUUAAUAAAAAUUAACGAAGCUGAAUGAGCACAUCCGUGACUUACCGAUAACGUAUGUCGAAUAUCUAUCAACUAAUUAUAGUUUUCUAAAAAAGUUAUCAAGAUGUUGAGCGAUUGGGACAUGUCUCGGUGUAUUGUUUGAAUUGCAUUGAAGUAAUAAUGCUAAAUAUUGUAGCCAGUAUCUUGUUUUCUAAUAUCUUGCAAUUGUUCCAUAGAAAACUCAAAAAUUUAUUUUUCAUCUUAUAUAAUUUUCUGUAGAAUAGAAAUAGUUAUAUAUAUGCGAUAUUAACUUAAAGAAUGAUUUUAUGCUACAAUUAUAAACAAAUGAAACUGAAAAUAGUAAAUUAUGCAAUUAUUGUGUUCAAAUUAACAGAAUACUGUUUAUAUAGUAUUGGAAUAUUGUGUCUUUGAAAGCAUAAGAAAUUAAGGCUGAUAAAAGAUUUUAGAUAUCACUGGUUUUAAAAGAGCAAUUUUAAAUGUGAAUAUAAGAGAAAUAUUUAUAAGAAUUUGUAAAAUAGAGAAUUUUUAUGAGAUGAAUGUACUUAUA